AUGGAGGCGUCAGAGGACUCGGAGCGAUGCUUCCCUCAGCUCCUCAACGCCUCCUGCAUCAGGACCAAGCGUCCUCACUAUGAGGCCACGCUGACCUCCGUCCCUCUGUUCUCCCUGUCUCUGUUCACUGUGCUCCUCAACCUGCUGCUCACCGUCUCCAUCACACUUCAAUACUUAGACCACAUCAUUUCCUCCACCUCGGUGGGAACCAUGGUUCUCAUAUCAGUGGACCGCUACGUGGCCAUCUCCUCAACCUGCUGGUCAUCGUCUCCAUCGCCCACUUCAAGUAGGCGCCGCUCAGUGUGCGGCUUUGCAGCUUUGCAGCUUUGCAGCUUUGCAGCUUUGCAGCUUUGCAGCUUUGCCGGGCUUGCGUGGGGUUCUAACGCGUCUCUCCUCUGCAGGCAGCUCCACACCCCCACCAACCUCCUCCUCCUCUCUCUGGCCGCGUCGGACCUGGUUGUGGGUCUGCUGUGGCUGUUUCAGAUCAUGCUCAUCGACGGCUGCUGGCUCCUCGGUGACCUCAUGUGUACUCUGUACUGCGCUGUGGACUUUAUUACCACUUCUACCUCAAUAGGCAUCAUGGUGCUGGUGUCCGUGGACCGCUACGUGGCCGUCUGCCACCCUCUGCACUACUCCAGCAGAGUCACACACAGGAGGGUUGAAGUGUGCGUCGGGCUGUGCUGGCUCUCCUCCCUCUGCUUGCUCUGGGUGGUGAUGACUGACAACAUGAAGGAACCAGGCCGCUUCAAGUCCUGCACUGGGGAGUGUGUGAUCGUUGUUAAGUUUGUAGAACAAACUCUCAACCUGAUUUGUUCCUUCAUCGCGCCCAUCACCGUCAUCAUCGUUCUCUACAUCAGGGUGUUUGUUGUUGCUGUGGCUCAGGCUCGAGCGCUGAGGUCCCACAUCGCGUCUGUGUCUCUCCAGUGUUCAGUGAAGGUCAGAGUCAAGAAGUCUGAGAUGAAAGCGGCCGUGAGCCUCGGUGUGGUUGUCUUAGUCUUUGUUUUAUGCAUAUGUCCAUAUUACUGUGUUGCACUUAUGGGCACUUUGUUAAGUGCUUCAUCUGCUGCCUUUGUAAUCUGUCUGUUUUACUUCAACUCCUGCCUGAACCCUGUGAUCUACGUGCUUUUAUACCCCUGGUUCAGGAAAUCUAUCAGGCUUAUCGCCACCUUUCAAAUCCUGAAGCCUGGCUCCUCUCUGUGCAAUGUGCUGUAAACACACUGG